GGAAACCUCGUGGGUUCGAAUCCCACUCCUCUCAACUGAAGUCAUUGUUUUUUUAUUUGUUGGCCUAUUGUAUAUUUUCUUUUUUUGGUUUUUUGGGCUGCACUACUACUGCUGGUGAGAGAUGAGAGUGAACCUUUACUGGCGAUAAAGUCAUCGCUACCAGUACUGUGUCAAAAAGCCGAAGAGUCUACAUUAUACAAUUGGCUUUACCAGUGUUUGCAACAGACGCGUGCAGCAAAUAUUCACACAGCCUCGCGCGGCCGUCAACUGAACGACAUUCUGUCCAGUAUAAUAUCUCUUUUGUCGGCUUGAAACCCACCAAUGCGCGUCUCACGUUCUCAUUGAGCGUUCGCCAUUCCUCUACGACCACUAUUCGAACAACUUACGAUACCCUUGCCUUACCUCAACUUCUGACUGGCGAUUGGAACGGAACCGAGAGUCGGAGACAGCAUAUACAGUACAUACAGUCCUCAGGCACCUACCUUAUGUAGGUAUCCAUGUUGAGCGCCGACAAGACACCAAAACCACAAACAACGAACGAAUCACGAUUGCAAGUAUUGUACUGGUGCGGUAGUAUUCAGGAUCAGGAUCGAAAAUCGCAUUGAUCCGAGCAGUGAGUGAGUGAGUGAGUGACAUGGCACCCGGAGGAACGACAGACGAUGGGGCUGCUCGACCCAGCAGCGAGUUUGAGAUUCGACGCGCCGCUUUGGUCGGGGAGAUUGGAGAGUCUCUCGAACAGGUCCUUGCACAGAUCAAUGCUCUGAAUCGCAGUCUUGAGGGUAUUAUCGAGAUCGGCAACGAAUUCUCUUCUGUAGAAUCACUCUGGAGCCAGUUCGAAAAGGUCAUGGGACGAGAUCAAGAGGAGAAUGCUCACGGACAAGCCACGGGGGCGGAGGGCCAGGAGCAAGAAACGACUGAUGACGGCAACAGGGACAGCACCAGAGAUAGAGAUCACCACGGCGAAUAAAGUUAUAAAAACCACGGCAACAUAUUACCACCCUGCAGGAACUUCGAAUGUCCGUCGUUGGUCCUUUGGGGCAUGCAUGCCAGUGGAGAGAGAAAGUCAAAGGCAAAGCUGGGACAGAUGAUGACGGACGAGAGGAUUUGACUUGACGUGACUUGACGUGACUUGACCAUACAGGUACUGCCCAUGCAUUGAAUGCAAUGCAUGUGAGAAGGCCGCCCGAGAUUGGAGCAAAAGCAGAAAUGGGCUUGCUGGAAAGCAUUACAGCAGUGGCCGCUGAGCUGAGCCGAGCCGAGCUGUACUCAUUUUGACAGUCUCUCCAGAAGCACGCGCUCGUUGUGGAAACUCAUGUUCAAACAUGGAUCAAUUUCAAUUUUGGCGCAUGCUGAUUUCAUACUCUAGCAAGGCUCCAUCCCGUAUGGCAACAGCAAGAAAGCAAAAGCAAACGCAAUUCCUCCCAAACCCCCGAUCUCCAAGCAACGCCGGUCAUGCACUCGUGCAGCAACGCCCGCCCAUCUAAGGUAGGAUGCGCGAAGCCAAGCCAGCCAGGGCCCGUCUAAAAUGGCCAAACAAAGAAACAAGCAUCAACAAUUUGUACCCGAGAAAUGAAGCCGUGUCUUGUCCUCAGUGCGUAGCGUACAAACAGACCAACCGUCCGGCCGAUCAACUCUAAAGGAU